AUGUGGUUUUGGAAGAGGAACUGUCCUGCAGCAACGCUGCCUACUGAGUACAAUGCACAAGUCAUAGUCGAUAACCUUACCGAAAAUAAUGUGAGAAACAUGUGGUCUAGCAGAAGGAUACGGAAUGACAAACUGAAUGUAGUCCAUGCUCAGGGCAUUGCUGGCAUCGGUCUCCCAACUACUCUAGUCGUCAAGAAGUUCAAGAACAUGAACCCAACACUACAGGUGGAUGAAAAUGUCACGAACCGCUGCAAGUACGAGAUGAUGCUGUUAGCCAGCAUCUGUCACGAAAACAUCAUCAGUGUCCUAGAUGUCAUCGUGAGGGAUGAAGCGAUCAUGCUCGUAUACAAGUGCGCGGUGAAUGGCAACCUUGACCGGUGGCUGCACCGGCUGGAGGGGCAGGAUCGGCUGUUGAGCUGGCCGGAGAGAAUGACCAUCACCAUUGGCAUUGCCAAAGGGCUCUGCCACUUGCACAACGGAUGCAAUAAGCCAAUUGUCCACCAUAACAUCAACUCUAACAACAUUUUGCUUGAUCAGAAUUUCAAGGCCAUGAUAGCUGGUUUUGGCACUGCGCAGAUGAACAUGGCUGGGCUCGACCAACCAUUGCCAAUCAUGGGCCUGCCUACUGGUAACUUUGGUUAUGCAGCUCCAGAAUAUGGUAUUGCACCAAGCCAACUGACGGAGAAGGUAGAUGUUUACAGUUUCGGUGUGGUGUUGCUAGAACUCAUCACUGGACGGGUGGCCACUGGACCUGGAGUGGAUGGUCAACUGCCAAUCUGGGCACCGCGCAACCGCAAAGAACUGAUGGCAAACCAUCUGAAAGGGUUUAAGAUUGAAGUGGACAAGGGCAUCCCAGAUCAAGCACGAUGCAUGAAGGAGAUGGCUACCGUGUUCACGCUGGGAGUGGAUUGCACCGUCAUGGAUCAGCAGAAAAGGCCGUCCAUGCAGAUCGCUCUCAAAUGA